AAAAUUCUGAUUGGCCGCUCUGUGAUGGUUGUCGAAAACUACAAGCCAAUAGUACGCUGAAGGCAGUAUUGAGGGGAACAUGGCUACACUGCCAUCUCCAACGCAGGUGGCUGGAAGCCAAUAUUCCUUAUAUGAAGCGUUCUACCAACAGGUGGACCCUACAAAUCAUGGCAGUGUUGGAGCUUUGGAAGCCGCAAAAUUUUUGAAGAAGUCCGGCCUUUCGGAUGAUGAACUGAGCAAAAUUUGGGAUCUAUCUGAUCCAAAUGGAAAAGGCUACCUCAAUAAGCCGGGGUUCUUUGUGGCUUUGAAAUUGGUGUCUCUAGCACAAGCCGGCCGAGAGGUCAAUAUCCUCAACACUCUGCUAGACAUUCCACCGCCCAAAAUGGGCGAUACGAUGCCGCCAUUAAUGAAAGAGCACAAGAGCAUAGGUCCACCGCCGCCGCCCGCCGCCGUGUCCGCGGCCAGUGAUUGGGCGAUGAAGCCCAGCGAGCGAGCCAACUACGAUCAACUCUUCGACUCCUUGCAACCCAUCAAUGGAUACAUUCCAGGCAAUAAGGUGAAAGGAUUACUGAUUGAUUCGAAAUUGCCCGUCGAUACUUUGGGGAAGAUAUGGGACUUGGCUGAUAUGGAUAAAGAUGGAAGUCUUGAUAGGCACGAAUUCAUCGUUGCUAUGCAUCUUGUAUACAAAGCAUUGGAAAAGUAUGCGAUUCCAAACGUGCUUCCUCCUGAACUGAUGCCUCCCGGAAAGAGAAAAGAUUCGAUUGCAUCUGGACCCGUCAUCCCUGUGACGCCAGUGCCCGUUGCUCCAAUUGGUGUCCCUCUAAUGCAGCCCGCUGAGCCACCUAAGCCUGUACCAAUACCAAUACCUCAAAUCACAUGGGUUGUCAGUCCUGAGGAAAGAACAAGAUAUGAAACACUUUUCAUCCAGAGCGAUGUAGACAAAGAUGGAUUUGUUUCCGGAAUGGAAAUCAAAGAUGUCUUUCUUCAAUCAGGAGUGUCGCAAGCAAUUCUUGCACGAAUCUGGGGCUUGUGUGACAUGAAGCAAACUGGAAAAUUGAACUGUGAACAAUUUUGUUUAGCAAUGUGGCUUAUUAAUCAGAAAUUGAAAGGCAUCGAUCCUCCAGAUGCGCUCACGCCCGAAAUGAUUCCACCUUCUAGUCGAAGCAAGCCUGAUUCUCAUAGCGAACCUAGUAAUUCACCCUACUCUAAUCCUGAACUAGCUCUAAUUAACAAGGAUAUUGAAGAACUGGUAUUAGAAAAACAAGUAAUUGAAAAUGAAAUCCUACAAAAAGAGGCUGAUAUAAAAAUCAAGACCGGAGAAGUAAAAAGUCUACAGGGAGAACUGGAUACAUUAGCAGCGACCCUCAAGCAACUGGAGAAUCAGAAGGGAGAAGCACAAAAGAGAUUGAACGACCUCAAAAAUCAGGUUGACAACCUCCGCAGACAAGCUGAAGAACAGGAAGCCUCUCUCAAAGCACAGGAAGCAGAAUUGAAUACUAAGCGCCAGGAACUGGAAGGACUCAAACAGGAAGAAACCAAACUGGAACUCAACCAAAAUGAAUUGAAGAAUCGGAUGGAAAGUCUCAGUCAAAAUCUGCAAGACUCUCAGCUGCAGAUUAGUCAGGUGAAAGCAAAAAUAACACAAGUACAAGAGCACCAGAGACAAAUGAACGAUGUGAUUGCAUUGGCCGAGAAUGCAAUCGCAUGCGGAGAUGCGUCAACAGUGCCUGACACUUGCCUCAACUUGCAGCCGGAAUUUAGGGACCCCUCUUUCUCUAGGCUUAUUAAUGGACGACAGGAAAGUGGCGAUAAUAGUAAAGACCCGUUCAGUAGCUUGAAUGGACCAUCUGACAGCGGAGGGGAUGCAUUCAAUCACACUGAUGCCUUUAGUAAUGAUCCUUUUAAAAGCACAACGAACUCGACUGAUCCAUUUGCUUCCAGUGACAACUUCGGCUCUGGUUUCACAUCAAAGAACACAGGUGGUUUCACGUCAGACCCAUUCAGUUCAUUCAAUAAUGCCUCAGCAGGUAAAUCAGAUCCAUUCGAUCCUUUUGGCGAUGGAAGGGGUGGUGGCGGAGGGGGGCCGGCUACUGCUAAUGCGGGAGGGGGAGGGGCACCUGCUCACUCCACACCUUCGCAAACUACAAAUGAUGCAGUGGACCCAUUCGGAGACGACCCGUUCGCCGCCUUGCACGCGCCUCAGCGACCCACCAGCCCCAGCCCCGCGCUGCCGCCCAAGAAGAGCAAGCAGCGACCUCCCCGCCCUGCCCCGCCCAAAAUGGCACCAACCCCCAGUCCCACACCCACCCCCGACCCCUUUGCCAGCGCUGCCACCGGUGCAGACUCCUUUGCUGACUUCAGCAAUUUCGAUAGCAAGCCUUAAAAACUUAACAUAUUUUGUUUUAUUGUAUACUACCCAUCACCCUCAUCCACAAUUAUUUUAUGGUUUUGUUUUGUUUUGUUCAGUUCUCUGAUAUAACAGGUAAAGAGAAGGAGAAAGCGACGAUUCCACCGCGAUCAGCGCCUGCGGCGGCUAAGUCGAAGAGUAACGCCAACCUCGACUUCACCGAAGACCCGUUCAGGGACUACAGGUACGAAGACCCCUUCAACAUCGGCGAUCCGUUCCAAGAUGCCACCGACAAUGUCAGUCAGACGUCGGUGAAUAAUAACAGAACUAGCAAUAAUAACACGUGGGAUGGUCCGAAGAUGGUAGAUGCGUUCGGAAUGGAGGUGGUGUCGCCGCCCCGCCCUGCGGCGGCAAAUGGCGGCCGGUCGCCGCUGCCGCAACCGCUCCCCUCAGAGGACCAACAGCUGGCGUGGGCGGCCGCAGAGAGUCUGCGAUUAGAGGAGGAGCGACGCAACAACCAAAGGAAGGAGAUAGCUGACCUACAGAUGGCGUUGACAUUGAGCAAAAAAGACAAGUCCAAAAACCGAACUACUAACGCAUUGAAACGGAUUCUUAGCUAACUUGCAACUCCUUAGACCCUUGUAUAGAUUGCCCGCCCUUGUGUCCAGUUAUAUACCGUAUAUAUUUAUAUUUCCAUUCUCUGUAUAUCAGAGAUCAUUAGCCACGAAACAACAUUACUGCUAAAGAUUAUUCUCUCACGAGAAUAGGGUGGCUAGCAGCAAUAAUUCAGCAAAAAAUGAAAAAUAAAUCGAAAUACUCUAUUAGGCAAAGUUAAGACUUAUGUAUCUACGUAAAUAAUCUGCUCCACUAGGAAAAAUACAGUAGAGUAAGUGAAGUUAUUUAAUGGUUAUUGAUGGAGUUGAAAAUUUACGAUUAGAGGCUGCCCUCGAGUGUGGAAAAUGUUGCGAUGUCGUUAAAUGCAAAAGAGACAGAGCUCAUGUGCAGUAGGCCUACUGUGUCCUCCACUCACCGCUCUAAUUUGAAUUUGAACCCUAUUCUCGUGACUGUUUCAUCUUUACUCAUGUUAGACCAUUUCAAAGUUAGAUAUAUUAUGUACAGAAGUCAUUUUCAAUUAUUCAACAAUAUCGACUAAUGAAUAAUAUUGAAUUAGGAGGACGUAAAAUAAUAAUGUAUCAUUCAACAUUUUUGCUGUGUGUAUUGUGAACAGGAACAUAGAACAAUGAAAUAAUGUAAAGCAUCAUAAUGUACAUUAUAUUCUAAUUUUUCUAUUAAUAUGAAUAAAACCAAAGGUGUUAUAUAUUAUAUUGAAUUGUGUAAAAUUUGUAUCUAAAGUUAUACUCACCAUUAUUAUUAUCGAUAUGCUGUUAUAUAAAUAUUGUAACACAAUUUUCUAUAAAUCGUGUUAGUGAAGCAAAUGAUAAAUAAGUGUAACAGUGGAGCACGCGAAGUAUUCAGAUUUGCUUUGGUAUAUAAAUAUUGAGCACUAAAAAUACAUUAUUUGAUAUGGUCUUUUUAAACAGAUUAUCUCAAUUUUCCUAAAUGGUUUGAAUGAAAUUGUUGGUAAUGUUGAAAAUGGUAUUGCUUUCCAUUCGACUAUUCUUGAUGCUUUUGCUCUAGUCAUCUGCUCAAUUAUUUUGAGUUAAAUGGAAUAUUUACAAAUGAAAAUCGUCGUAUCGGCGAACAAUAUUAAGCCUAGUGAUGAAAUUAGUGACAUUUCUAUAAUAAUGUCGUUGGAUUUUACUUGUUAAAUAUUUGCGUUGUUUAAAUUUAUUGUAAAAAGUAAUCAGUAGUUUAGUUUAGGUGCUGUACCUACUGCCUUUUAACUUCAAAUUUUGCACAGCUCUGCUGGAAGAAUACAGAGUUUCCCAUUAUCUCUGAGAAUACUUGAAGAUGCCUCAUAAAUUUGACUAAAUGAGUCCCAGCAACAUUUUUUGUGGGUUAUUAACCCUGGUAAAAAUGACUUUUACCCUGGUAAGAAUGGCAGUUUUCUCACCGAUUUCUCGCCGACACUACAGGACAAAAUGUUCUACUGGCUGAAGGGGGGGGGGGGGGUUGGCGUAUCGAAUCAACAAUGCAGAGCAGAGGAGUGCAUAUCUAUCAACACUUUCUCCUCUCCGUUCUGCCAAGAUCUGUUCAAUCAAGAACUUUUGGUGAAUUAUUUCCGUAAAAAAGACCAUUUUUUAGUGUUCAUAAAUAAAAUAGUAUAUAUCUGAGUUGAGAGAGCAAUUGCAAUUUCACGCUGUGCAUUCCAUCUCUGAAGUCAAAUCCUCCAUAAUUAUGAUCUAUUGAUUGCAAAUUUGAGUUACCGUACCAAUAAUAUACCUGAACAAGAUAUACAUAACUCUGUAAAUGAAGUUGAAUUACGCUUUUCAUAUUUUCAUACCUAUUUGUCAAAUAUUUCAAAAACAACUACAGUUUAUUGCAUGUUUAGAAGAAUUAUAUUAUUUAAAAUGUAGCCUAAUAAUCACAAAAUUCUAACUGCUGAUCCAAAAUUUAUUCUUAUAUCUAAUUAACCACAAAAAUAACUUGUAGCAAAUACCUCGGAGUAUUCUCAGAGUUGUAGGACAUUUUGUAUACGCGUAUGUGAUACGAGAAUAUGGCUUGAAUCUGUUCCAUAGUAAGUUUUAACCAUCAAUGCAUUUACUGAUGUCUCCAGCGUCAACUAUCAAACUGAUAUAAAACUUAUUGCCAACUGCUUCAUCGCCUUCGAAAACCUUUGACAUUUUUUUAUAGAUAAGCAAUUAAAAUUUGCCAGAAUUCUGAAGACUUUCGGUCAACUCUUUAAUAAAAUAGCUCAAGGUAACAAAGUUACUAAUGAAACGUAAUAAACGAUUGCUAUGAAUAUGAAUGUAGUAAACGAUAAAUCACGAAUAAUUAGAAUAAUUUUAGUAUAGAAAAACCAUCAAUUAAUAAUGAAGCAAUAUGUUUCUGGAAUUGAACUGCACUCCAAUUUCCAAAAAGAAAUCACAAGAGUUCACAAUCAGUUUUACGAUGGCUUAACAAAAGUUUAUUGAAUGACACUAAAGAUCACACCUAAUAAAAUGAAUUUUAGCUAUUCAACAACAUUCAUUUCAGAAAGAUAACUAUCUACAUAAAGUUGGAAAAUUAAUUUGUUGGCGUUUAAUAAAUCUUUUUAAAAAUAUGGUUUUAAUUAGUAAAUCCUUGGAAGGUGGAAUUCAAUGUGCGAAGAUUUUAUAACAAGAGUUUUAUUUUAAUUUUGUUCAAUUCAUCAGAGUUCUGAAGACUUUUGAUCAGCUCUCAAAUGAAAUAGCUCAUCCAUUCUGUAAAAAUAAAAAACUGUUCAUUUAUGACUGUAAUUUUAUUUUAGAAUUCUUGAAAACUGAAAUAAAAAAUUAUACUUGAUUGGUAGGUAAUCCCAUUUUUUAAGCAACUGCCAAUCUUAGUAUGAUUCAAAAUGGUGUUCUACAAUCUCCAAGGCUUCAUUUUUAAUCUUUUAUAAUAAUUGUAAUAAAAAUAACUAUUGUACAAUAAUAAAAUUGUGGAAAAUUUAGUUGUCUUUCUAUCAAUAAUAACUGCAUAUCCAAGGAUUGCUUUCAGAAACAAAACUUUUGUUUUCUUAUACAUAUCAAACAAUUUUCUGUGAUAGAUGUUUCUUUUAAAUAAGAUAUUAAAAAUAUCGUCACGAUUGAUUUUGAAGAGGUUGACGAUUAUGUGUUGUCAAUAAUAUUGAUGAAUUGUUAGAUUAUGGAAGUUACGAGAUACAGUAUUAUGAGCCCUUAAUCUAUGCAUUAUUACAUAACUUACUUAUGAAAAUUAAUGAAAGAUUACCUUUUGUAGAAAUGAAAUAGUUACAUCUGUAAGAAAAUAUUUCGUUCUGUAAUUUUUUUCAUCCUCAUGAAAUUUAAAAUUGUGAUGGAUGAUUAAAAUAGCCAACACAAGUUCAUAUAUUAAAUCAUCGUAUUGGAGAGAUAUUGAAUAUUGCUGAAGAGUUUAUAAAUUCCAAUACAAUAUACUUUAUCAUUAUAAAUAGAAUAGCUAUCAUUCACGAGCAUUAUAAUAAUGGGAUUAUUAUACCAAUUCCUAUCUAUUCUUAAUUUUCAAGUUUUGAGUCCACUAAAAAGACUAUUACAUAAAUAGUCAAAUUGUCUUGGGUUAUUGCUUGGUAAGUGAUUCAGAGAUAUCAUUCAUUCUUCAUCCAAACAUAAAGUCAUAUUGAAUAAUUUUUCUUAUAGGAUAUCUCAAGUUAUGCCACUGGGAUCUAAAUAGGCUCCAUGAGCAUACCAAUAAUGAUUUUAUAAAAUCAUAUUUUACUUUGGUACCGGUAGCAUUCUUAUGUGAAAAUAGAAAAUAUACCUAUAUUAUUAUAACAUUUUUGAUAAAUAAAUGUGUAUUUCCUCUAAGCAUUUAUACGUUGCUUAAACUUUAAUCAUUCAGCUAUAUCAUUUCCUUUACAUAGUAGUUUUCUUGUAAUCAAUUAUUAGUAGACUUAUUAGCAAAUGUGUAAAAUUAUAUUGAUAAUGCACUGACAAUACCUAUAAAGUUCUUAAUGUAUCAAAUUGUAUAAACUAGAUUUAAUAUUCUGAAUUGAAGAAUUUUAGAUUGAAGUAGGUGUGUCGAAUUCAUAGACUUGGAGAGUAUUCAAAAAUCGAUUAUUUGAGAUGGUAUGUAAUGUAACUGUUCUAAAUAUUUGAAAUUAUGGAGCAAGUAUCUUGAAGUAUUGACCUCAAAAUUUGAAGAUCUUUGAUAUAACUUGCACUUUUCUAUUCAAAAACUUUUAUCAUUAUCUUGAUCGACACAAGCCUAAAUUUCCAAUGGGUUAUAACAUUAAAAAUGUUUACAAUAUUUUAAAACCAGUAAAUUCUGUGUUAUAAGUUAUACAAUUUGUUAUUACAAACUUUAAUAAUAACACCACCCCAACUAUGUCGUUUCUUAUGCAACUCAUUCACCUAAUCAUACCUUUCCUCUUAGUACAACAAAGACUAUUGCUCUUGUUGCAAUGUAAAUAGUUGCAUUAUCGUACAUCAUUGUUCAUUUACCAGUUACAUAGUAAAGCCUGAUCACUGGGAGCCCACAUAUUAUUAAAGAAUAUGAUACUGUAUCAUAAAAUUCUAUUCUGUGUUUGCCUGCUUUCAAUGCUUGUAACUAUCCGAAAACCGUUAUAUUAGUGUUUAGUCUAUGAAUUUCACUCACCUGCCAUACUAUAUUUAAAUAAAUGUUGAUACCAUUAGUAGUUAAUUGACAAUUUGUAAUAUUUCAAUGAUGUUGUUGAAUAAUGCUGUAAGAUAUAUUUUGUAUAUACCUUAUUAUUGUUGUAAUGCAGUUAUAUAAAUAAUGAUGUAAUGAUGUUUAUAUUUAUACAUUAGUUGAGUGUGUAAAUUGGUUAGUGUGAAUAGAAAAUUGUAAUUUAGUCUCUUCUUAUUAUAACGGCCCGUAGCUUUUUUCAUUCUUUUAUUAUAUAUUUCACCCAAAAAUUUUAUAGAGCAUAGAGAAAUAUUAAUUUUAUGGCAAUAACUAGAACGUGAUCCAUAUGAAAUGCAGUAUUGUUUAGUAAUGUAAUGUGAAACUUUUAUUGAAAAUGAACCUACUGCUGCAUGGCGUUUCUCAGGUUCCAGUUGUUGUUACUCGCCAUCAAUCCAACAGAGCCAUAAAUAAAAUGCUUGAAUUACUGUAACACACCAUUUUAAAUAUUCAAGCAGUCGUCGUUCAUAAUCAUCAAUACUGUAACCUAACUGUAAAUGUCACCUAAUUCAGUAGAAAUCAUGCCAAAUAAUUUUUAAAGCAUUACAACUUUUUAAAAUUUUAUUCGUUUAAAUACAUCCCAACCAAUUUGGAAGCAUCUGAUAAAGUUCCUUGUUCUGCUAGGAAACUUCCAUUAGUUGAACAACCAUCAGUUCAAUGAGGUGCAGUUUAUUAUUGAAGAUGCAGUUGAAAAGAGAUAUGUCCACUUGGAAUGGAAGUGUUUCAAAUCUCCACUGUAGAAUUCACCAGCUUCAACCUUUACGGAAUAAAUUAUUGAUCACUCUUGGGCUGUAAUGCAUAAACGUUCAGAGCUAUCCAGUUUGGCUUGAAAAUUUAUCUAUUCUGAUAUCUGGUAAAUUAAUGCGAAUCCAAGUGGAUACUCUCUUAAAAAUGGUUUGGCUCUAAAAUGAUUGUCCUGCUGACAAUAACUUUUAGUAGACUGAUAAGUUUUUAUAUUUUAUUUUAAUUAUUAUAAACAAUUGUAUAGAUCCUCUGCUACUUCUCUGGCUUCAGUAUACCGUACAUUUAAAAUUUCUGUACCAAUAAUAAUGAUUAUGAAUAUUGGUUAAUUAAGAAUGUAAACGUAUAGCCUAAAUUUAUUGACUGUACAAAAUAAUCAAUUAGUUUUGUUAUGUAUGAUCGAUUGUUGUUCUUCACAAGCAUAUAUAGUUAUAUUGUUGGUAUUAGGUAUUAGCAUCAUGUGUGCUAUGUAUGUAUAUAAUACAACUAAUGUUGACGAUGCUACAAUGAAACUCAAGCGAUGAUUUUCAGACCAUUGCCGUCACGUGUUCACUGUGUAAAAGUUUCACUGUAGCUCAAAGUUUAUCAGAGAAAAGGAAUUUUUCGUUAUUACAUUCUUGAGCGUUUAUUUCUAUAUUUAUAUGAGAACUAUUACUGCAAGAGUAUACUGUGUUGUUAUGUAUGAAUGAGUUUUAUGUUGAAACUUUCCAUGCCUUCUGCUAGGUGAACUGUAUAAUAAAAAAUAUUGAGUCAG